ACGACUUCUUAUCUAUCUCAUUUCAUUGCCUUAUCUUAAAUCAAUUGGACUCAACGUAGUGCCAUCUUCCAUCGUUUUUAACAUGAUUCAAAAAUCAAUCAAAUAUAUUGGGAACAUGAUAAUUUUGAAAACUGACAACUAAAAAGUAAAAAUCACUUUUCAUGGUUUCCUAUUUUUAGUUUUUAGUUUCAAAAAAACUGAAAACUGAAAACAAAACACGAUAACAAACGGACCCUUAGCUAGAACAACCACUUGUAUAGUUCUAAGUGCACCUUCAAAACGAGACACCCAUGCCCAUCGCCCCAUCCCAAUCACUCCCAACGUUCACUUCUCACAUAUUCAAACAUUCCCUCCAAAACAAUAAAAUCCAAAACAUGAACAACAUUUCAAAUAACAAAAGAAAACUCCCCAUUUUCGAUUCCUCUUCAUUAAAUCAAACUCAAACAAAAACAUAAAUUCUCUCUCUUCUCCAAUUAUUACAACAACAUUCAAAAUUAAACACUUGAAAUUCCCAUGGAAGCCGCCGAUGCAGAAGCGGCGGCUUUCAAGCCGGCUCAUCUAGUAACUCUCUCUCCUAUACCUUCUCCUUCACUCAACUCUCGUCGGCUCUCAAGCCGAUUCACCAAGCCGAGCAGCCCAAUUCGAGCCGGCUCAAAGAAGAAACUUACGGCUCCACCAUUGGCUUGGAUUUCUCUUCAAGGCCGACUUGUUGGCGCCGAAGAAGCUACCUCGGCUACAACUAUCGGCGGCUUAAGCCGAGAAGAAGCCGUGUGUUGGGAGCUUUUUAGCCCUAUUCACCGUGUUCUUAUUGUUGCUGUCGUUGCUGUUGCUGCCGCUAAAUGCGAGAAAAAUCGCCAGAUUGUUCAGCUUAGAAAUUGUGUCAAAUUAAGGGAUGAGAUUUUGAUGAGCAUGCAGCAAAAGCUUGAUGACUUGUGUGAGCAAAUGAAUUGUAUGAAAGAUCAAUCUCAAGAAGUAACUGAAUUGUCAGCAUCCAAGAAUCUAGAUUUCUCAUCAAGGAGAUUAUCUUUCCCUGGUAAAUCUGACUCUAUUUGCACUGACUGUUGGUUCUGUGACCAACGUCGAGUUGAGUUGGAUGAUUUAUCGGGAAAUUCAUUUGUGAAGGCUGCUACUGGUGACGAGAUGUUAAAAAAUACUCUCUCCGUUUCUAAUGAAGCAUUACAAGAAGAACGCCGCAUGUCAGAUCUAUCUGACUGGGCUUCAAGCAUCACCUCUGCUGCAGAUAUACAACUAAACAACUUAGCUAUGGAGCAAGAUACUCACAAUCUUAAGAGGGAAUGUGAAGAAAAGGAUGCUGCUUUAAAAGAGCUUUCUGCUUUUAUUUGCUCAAAAGAUGCUGCCACAUCUAAAAGAAUUGAAGAACUUGAAGAAGUUAUCCGUCGAAAAAAUACAAUUAUUACGAAGUUGAAGAAGGAUUUGGCUGUUUUGGAACAGAAGGUAGUAAGCCUAACAAGAAGUAGAAGGCGUUCAUUUUCUGGGCCAAGCAUAGAAAAGAAAGAGCUACCUACAAUGUCAGACAAUCUGCUCUAUGAUAUGGAUAGCCCGUCGUCUGAUUCAGACUGCUCUUCCAAGAAGCAGAAUACCUCUGAAGUAGUAGUAGACGCUCCAAUGAACACCCCAGUGCAAAACAGCCAUUCAUGUGAGAAUGUAACAAAGAUAAACCAGAAAGUGGCACUAGCGAAAAUUACAUCAUACUCUACAAAGCUGCCUCUUCAGAUCCCAAAAUCCAGACCUGUUACCCCCCUUAAGGAGAAGUCAUUGAAUGAAAGACAUGAAAUAACAGCUUCUCCAAUGCUAAACCAGGUUUCGACAAGUAUAGGUUCGCGGAAUAGCAGGAGACGAACUCAGACUGGAUCCAAAGAUGCAGCCUCACUGAAGAGAUGGAUGUAGUAAGGUAUUGAAAGUACAAAGUUGGGUUUCAUAGCCCAUGGCACAUAUGUUGGAAUGAUAAUUUGCUAUAACACAGAAGAAUGUGUCUUUAUUAGCGUUAUCAACAUGGUAAGUUAUGGUAGAACUAUGUUAUUCUAAGACAAUCUUAGUGGUAAUAUACUUGCUCUUCAGCUAAGCAAUCCCCUAUGAUAGACCAUGUGAACCA